AUGUUCCGCUCCGAGGCGUUCCGCUCCGACCGCGGGCUGGGCAAAGUGGCGUUGGCGGCUUUCGGAUUGGGCGUGUUUAUGACCGUACACGCGUGUCUGUUACUCUACACGGAGCUCGUAGCGUUGGCUGACUCGUCCCAAGACGCAACGUCAAUAUUGCGCUGGCAGUGCCUGGAGCAAUGGAGUUUGUACGCGUUGGCACUGGGCUUUUUCCAUCUGAUGGAAUUUAUACUCACAGCCGCCUACCGCCCAGCAAAUGUCAGCUAUGAGUCUUUCCUGCUCAACCACAGUCGAGAGUAUCAUCUGGCAGUGCUCUUUAGCUGCUUGGAGUUCUUCCUGGAACUUUAUUUCGUGCCAGGCUGGAAGUUGCACACAUUUGUGCGUCCUGUGGGCAUCGCACUGGUCGUUUUGGGCCAGUUCUUUCGCGUGUCGGCCAUGAGCACUGCUGCCAAUAACUUUUCACAUCGAAUCGAAUACUUUAAGAGGAAGGAGCACGAACUGGUCACGCACGGAGUCUAUCGUUUCAUUCGCCACCCGAGCUACCUGGGCUGGUUCUGGUGGAUCGUGGGCAGCCAGAUCCUGCUGGCCAAUCCUGUGUGCGCGGUCGGCUACUCGCUCGUAGCCUGGAGCUUCUUCCACGACCGCAUCCCAUAUGAGGAGCAGUUGCUGCUUGGCUUUUUCCCGGACGAGUAUCCGGCGUACAAGGUGCGCACUUUUAGUGGCAUCCCAUUUGUAUGA